UUCCUCGGUCUCUUUCCUGUCCAUUCCUUAGAUUGCUCACGCUCACUGUACUCCUCGUUUCUCUCUCUAACACCCCCCAAAAUAUUCCACCCAAAAAUAUUCGCAACCCAACAAAGAUGUUGCUGGGGAAGACUCCUCGCCCUCCGAUUAAGCGAACUACAAGCAUGAGAGGGAUCAUCUUUGAUGUCCCCAACAUGGACUCUUUAGAGCCCUCGGAUCACCAUCAGCCUCAUCACCUUCAUCCUAACGUCCCUCAGGUUGUGCCGGAGAACAUAAACGGUUACGAUCAACGGUUCCUUUCCAUGGUUUCUCCGAGAAACCUGCAGAGAAGUAAUAAUAAUGAGUUCAUGAUGGAGACUUCUCAUUUCCUCAGAACUUGUGGCCUUUGUAAUCGCCGCCUUGCUCCUGGCCGUGACAUUUACAUGUAUAGGGGGGACACAGCUUUUUGUAGUUUAGAGUGCAGGGAAAAGAAAAUGAAGCAAGAUGAGAGAAAAGAGAAGUUGAGUUCGUCGUCAUCAUCAUCAUCAACAUCCUCAAGGGGUCCAUCGGGUUCCAAGGGGUCUGGUCAAAGCGAGCCAGUGGCUGCAGCUUGAAGACAAAGAAGUAAGAGAGAGCUAAUAAAUCAGCAGAAGAAUUAAGAAACUUUGAGUGUUACAUGCUCGUUUUCCGCCAUUAAUGGCGCCCCACUUGCUUAUUGUCUUACAUGAGACUCUUGGAUUGGAUGGUGAUGGUGGUGGUAAUAAUAAGAAUGGAAUAUAAAAUUAUUGUGUUAAAAAAGUAA